UUCAAUGGAUGAGGAGGCAGAUUUUGAGGGUUCGGGAAAUAAAAUUGUUCGAAUGGCUGAAACCGAAGCACAACAAAUAGCAUUGCUUGCCAAUGCAUCCUUACUUGCUGAGGAGCUUUUGCCUCGUGCAGCAAUGAAGCUCGCCCCAUUAAGUCAGGCUAAUUACAAGGAUGAUGCUCGUAGAAGGCCCAUGGACCGCCAAAACCGUAAUCCUGAGCAAAGGGAAUGGAGGAGGCGCCUUGUGAGUUCUGUUGAUAGAUUGAAAGAUAGUUUCUGCCGCCAACAUGCUCUAGACCUCAUUUUCACGGAAGAAGGUGAUAGCUAUCUGACUGCGGAUUCAUACAUAAAUUUGAAUGGGAACGCUGAUGAAAUUGAGUGGUUCCCUACUCCAGUGUUUCAGGAUCUUUAUGCCAAGUUGAAUAGAAUGGCUAGUAUAGCAGCAGAUAUGUUUGUAGGCCGGGAGAGAUUUGCCACACUGUUGUUAAUGAGGCUCACAGAGACUGUCAUUUUAUGGCUUUCAGAAGAUCAAACAUUUUGGGAUGACAUCGAGGAAGGACCUAGGCCGUUGGGUGAUCUUGGUCUACAACAGUUCUAUCUGGAUAUGAAAUUUGUCAUGUGUUUCGCCUCGCAAGGCCGUUACUUGUCCAGGAACUUGCACCGUGUAGUGAAUGAUAUUAUAAAUAAAGCAAUUGCUGCAUUUUCUUCAACAGGCAUGGAUCCAUAUAGGUAAUUUUCCAUAAUUAUUUUCUCAUGUCCAGAU